AUGUUUCCUACGCGUGCCCUUCUCGGUUCAGCCCGCUUGACGCUGUUUACACGUGCGGGCUGUGGCCUUUGCGACACCGCUAAAAACACCGUGCUUAAGCUCCAGAAACGGCGCUCCUUUGAGUAUGUCGAAACGGACAUCAUGCAACCUGGGAACAAAUCUUGGAAGGAUGUUUACGAGUUUGAUGUUCCCGUCCUCCACGUCCAGUCAGUCCACAAUGGGUUGCCCAAGGAGGCCAAUCUCUCCGACGCGCGCAAAUUGUUCCAUCGAUGGACAGAGCAAGAACUCGAGCGGUUGGUAGACGAAGCGGAGAAAGCACAGCCCCGAUGA